AUGGUGGCGCCUUUGCGAUUCGGUCAAGCGCAAACGUUAUUCCGGCCCACGGCCGCGAGCAUUCCGCCACAAGGCGCGAAGCUCGUAUUGUCGGUCCCGCCUGGGCUGCCGCACAACGCGCACCCUCUGAACCCUCUCGAGUUCCUCCUCCGCGGCGCGACGAUCUACCCCGACCACCUCGCGCUCGCCCACCCAGACGUCGCUCACCCCGCGUUCUACACCUAUGCUGUCUUUGCCCAACGCGUGCAGAACCUCGCGUACGCCUUGCUCGACGCGGGCGUCCGUCCGGGCGACCGUGUCGCCGUGAUAGCCCCAAAUUGUCCGAUGAUAGCAGAGGCAUUGCAAGCUGCCAUAGCCGCCCGCGCGAUAGUCGUGACGAUCAACACGCGUCUUACCCCCGCCGAAGUUGCGUAUAUUCUGGAUCAUAGCUCUCCGCGCGUCGUGCUCGUCGAUCAUGAAUACGUUUACCUCCUCCCCAAGCCAUCGCCAUUCCCAACCAACACAUCCGCACCCUCUUCUUCUCGAUCUCAACCCGCAUUCAAGGUUGUUAUAGGUCAAGAUACUGGAAAGGAAGGGUGCCCGUAUGAAGACUUCCUGAGCGAAGGCAGGAGGAAGAGCGGCGAGAAAGGAUGGGAGGGGCUCGAGAUGCACACGGACGAGAACGCGCCGUUCUGUCUCAAUUAUACGAGUGGGACUACUGGGAGGCCAAAGGGCGUGCUCACCACCCUUCGAGGCACUUAUCUCGCGGCUAUCGCGAAUGCGUACGAGGCUAGGAUGACGAGCGAGUCGACAUAUCUCUGGGUUCUGCCUAUGUUCCAUGCAGCAGGAUGGACGUUCCCGUGGGCUUGCACCUUCGCAUUCUCUACACAACUCACUAUUCGGAGCGUCAACUACCAGAAUAUCUGGAAACACUUCCUCAACUUCGGCGUAACACAUUACUGCGGUGCCCCAACCGUUCAAAUCGGCAUCGUCAAUGACCCUCUGGCACGUCCUCUACCACACGAGAUCAAAGCGAUCAUAGCCGGAGCAGCUCCCACCGCAAACCUUCUCGGCGCACUCGAGCAGAAAGGCAUCGCGCCUGUGCAUGUAUACGGGCUGACGGAGACAUACGGCCCGUUCGUGCGCAACUUUGCACAACCGAGUUGGAAGGAGCUGUCGUUGAAUGAGCGCGCGGCGUUGACGGCGCGGCAAGGUCAUGCAUUUGCGACGAGCACACCCGCGCGCGUUGUGUACCCCCUCUCUGACGAGGAUGGUGGGAAGGACGACGUAGAGCUCGUGGACGUGCCAAAGGAUGGGCAUACAGUCGGCGAAGUUGUCAUGCGCGGCAACAUCGCUAUGGCGGGCUACUAUCGCGAUCCAGGCGCCACAGCCAAAGCCUUCCGCGGCGGCUACUUCCACUCAGGGGACUUGGCGGUGUGGUACCCCGACGGAGCCAUUCAGAUCCAAGAUCGGAGUAAAGAUCUGAUCAUCUCGGGUGGAGAGAACGCGUCGAGUUUGGCUAUUGAGACGGCGCUGGCGGCGCAUGCUGAUGUAUUGGAGGUUGCUGUAGUCGGAAGGGCGCAUGAGAAGUGGGGAGAGCGUGCUAUGGCGUUUGUGAUGUUGCGAGCCGAUGCGGUUAAGAAGUGGAAGGGGCGGCAUAAGGAGUUUGCACGUGAGCUGAUCAAACACGCGCGGGGACAAUUGCCUGGGUUUGCGACGCCUGAGUGGGUCGUCGUGGUAGAUGAGUUGCCGAAAACGUUAACUGGCAAGAUCCUUAAGACGGUCCUGCGCAAGCAUGCUGCCGAGGAAGCGGAGCGCGAGGGCCAGAUGAAGGCGAAACUAUGA